AAGUAACUUAUUAACUGUAAUUAGUUCACACCUACCUGCUCAGCAAAAAAAUGACAGAGAAAAGUGCUUGGACUCCAAUAUGCAACAAAAUCCUAAAUGAUAAGCUGUUUAAAGAAAGAAUGGCACUUCUGAGCAAAUGGUAUUCUGCAUGGACUGAUGAGCAAAGAUGGGAGCUAGUCCAAUUUGUGCUAUUGAAACUCUCAGACAAAGACCUUCACUAUAUUUAUUCUCUUCUUGAUCCACUCAUUCCACGUCCACCACUUCCAGAAGUUAGGGAGGAUUUUACUCGCGUAUUUCCUCGUAGUAUUUCACUCAAGAUAUUAUCUUAUCUUGAUGCAAGAUCUUUAUGCAGAGCAGCACAAGUUUCUUGGUACUGGCGUUAUCUCUCAGAACAAAACAUGCUAUGGAAACCAAAGUGUCUGCGUUACAGCUGGUUUCUUCCAAUCCCAUCAACUCAAUCGAACCCUCUAACAAUAUGGAAGAGACAUUAUGUAACAUGUGUCAGUCACAUGACAUGGAGAUUACCGCAGGUUGAUCCUCUUCCUAUUGCUUCUUCUCCUUCUCCCCCUCCCUCUCCUUGUACAGAAGUACCUACACCUGUCAAUAAAAGUAAUGCAAGUUCAAAAAAAAGAAUUAGACUGAGGAAAAAUUUUAGAGGCUCAUCUAUUAUGCAGCCAAUUUGGAGACAUCCAAACAGGUUUCCUAAGGAAUUGAGGAGCAGUGACACGUUUAUGUCAUCCCUUACAAAAAGGAGGCAUCUUAAUCUUCAUCAAUCAAAGGCAUCUAAUGUUAGUACAGUCAUCAAUGAACCACUAAACAAACCAAAAAGUGAUUCCAAUCAUGGUAAUUCACUGGAUAAUGAUGAAAAGGAUUCAGGAACUUGUCACAGACCUUUCGUUGACAUAGAUGCUCUACUCAAGCCAGAGCUUCUUGAGAAACUGAGACUUGGUGACCCAAAGGAAGAGACCAUUCUAGUAUCAACUAUACGUCAUCCUGAGAAGGAGGAUAAAAGGGAAUUGGCUGCAACUUUAUCACGAGUACAAGCAGUCUCUCCUUUUCCUUCUCUACCUCCAUACUACCAAGAGAGGAAUCUACAUGAAGAUUACGAGAGGGAGAAGUCACUGGAGGACAACAAAAUGGACAUAAAAGAUGAAAAAACUGAAGAUGAUUUUAUCAGAGGCUGGAGAGAUGAUGACUUUAAUACAGACUCUGAAAGCGAUAUUUACUAAUACUAACAAACAUUUUUUGAAAGAGAUAAGUCUUAUUAUCAUGUUAA